AUGGAGAAGGAACUCUAUGAUCUUUAUGACCGUCAGAUAAGGCUUUUUGGAAAAGAUACACAGAAAUUGAUAGAGGAAUCCCAUGUUGCCAUAAUACAAGGCCCUCCAUAUGUAUUGGGAAGGGAAAAGAGGAUCAAUGAUGUUGGAGGAGAAAUACUAAAGAACCUCGUUCUCCUUGGUGUAGAAAGGGUGACUGUAAAUAAACAUGUCAUCUCCUCCUUCAAAAGAAUGUUUGUUAAUGAAAUCACCAAGAUAAAUGAAAAAAUAAGGGUAGCCGUCAUUGAUGAACAGCAAACAGAGGAAGCCUGGAAUGGAUAUACUCUAGUUAUACUUAUUGAUUGCAAGGGCCAGACAACAUGCCCGGGGAUCUAUGUAUGUUCCAGAUGUAUGGGGUUUCAUCCACUUGGGAAAAGGCAUUUGUGUAGAGAAUGUAGUAACAUCUCGGUUGUUCAUGAUUGCCUUCUUGGCGCAAUAAUUGUGCAGGAGUGGGUGAAGAGGCUUCAGAAAAAACCCUUUGUUGAUGAAUACUACCUCGAAAUAUAA